AUGACUGCAGCCUACAACCAUAUAUCAAACGAUAACAAUGAAAAUAUCCCAUCAACCAACGAUUAUUGUAAUAGUAGUAGUAAUAAUGAUAAAAAGACAGGCAAAUAUUAUUAUAAACAUAGCAGAGUUGGUCACAUACCUAAUGAUGCUAUGCCUGAUAAUAUUAAAAUCACAAGAGUUGGGAUGGAUAUAGGAGUUCCAGGUAUACCACUUGGUGAACAUUCAAAGCACCAGCAAAUUCAUGUAUAA